UGGCUGCCAGCAUGGGGAGAGGAUGUGGUGCCGAGAACGGAGGGAAGAGGAAGAAGAAGGAUCGGGAUUUGGACGAGCUGAAGAAGGAAGUGUCCUUUGACGACCACAAAAUCUCUCUGGACGAUCUGGGGACACGCUAUGGAGUGGAGCUCACACGGGGCCUGACCCACGCCAAAGCCGCGGAGUAUCUGGCCAGGGACGGCCCCAACUCCCUGACCCCGCCGCCCACCACCCCCGAGUGGGUCAAGUUCUGCCGUCAGCUGUUCGGAGGCUUCUCCGUGCUGCUCUGGAUCGGUGCCAUCCUCUGCUUCCUGGCUUACAGCAUCCAGGUGGCCACCGAGGACGAGCCGGUCCACGACAACCUGUAUCUGGGCGUGGUGCUGUCGGCCGUGGUGAUCAUCACCGGCUGCUUCUCCUACUUCCAAGAGGCCAAGAGCUCCCGCAUCAUGGACUCCUUCAAGAAGAUGGUGCCUCAGCAAGCGCUGGUGAUCCGGGAGGGGGAGAAGAUGCAGAUCAAUGCUGAGCUUGUGGUGCAGGGAGAUCUGGUGGAGAUCAAAGGGGGCGACCGCAUCCCAGCUGACCUCCGGGUGAUCUCCUCCAGCGGAUGCAAGGUGGACAACUCCUCUCUGACGGGGGAGUCGGAGCCCCAGACUCGCUCCCCGGAGUUAACCAACGACAAUCCUCUGGAGACCCGCAACGUCUGCUUCUACUCCACCAACUGUGUCGAGGGUACCGCCCAGGGCAUCGUGAUCGGCACCGGGGAUCGAACGGUGAUGGGGCGCAUCGCCACGCUGGCGUCGGAGCUGGAGGUCCGCCAGACGCCCAUCAACAUCGAGAUCGAACACUUCAUCCACCUGAUCACGGGCGUGGCCGUCUUCCUGGGCGUGAGCUUCUUCAUCCUGUCCCUCAUCCUGGGCUACAGCUGGCUGGAGGCCGUCAUCUUCCUCAUCGGCAUCAUCGUGGCCAACGUGCCUGAAGGCCUGCUGGCCACCGUCACUGUGUGUCUGACUCUCACUGCCAAGCGAAUGGCCAAGAAGAAUUGCCUGGUGAAGAACCUGGAGGCCGUGGAGACGCUCGGCUCCACCUCCACCAUCUGCUCCGACAAGACGGGCACGCUGACCCAGAACCGCAUGACCGUGUCCCACAUGUGGUUCGACAACCAGAUCCACGAGGCCGACACCACCGAGGACCAGACGGGUUUGGGUUUUGACAAGAGCUCUGCUACUUGGACGGCUCUGUCUCGUGUGGCCGGCCUGUGCAACAGAGCGGAUUUCAAAGCCGCACAGGAGCACCUUCCUCUCCAGAUGAGGGAGACCGCGGGGGACGCGUCGGAGUCGGCUCUGCUGAAGUGCAUCGAGGUCUGCUGCGGGAGUGUUCGUGACAUGAGAGCCAGGAACCACAAAGUGGCAGAGAUCCCCUUCAACUCCACCAACAAGUACCAGCUCUCGGUCCAUGAAGUGGAGGACAAUCCCUCCGGUCAUAUUCUGGUCAUGAAGGGAGCGCCGGAGAGAAUCUUGGACAGGUGUUCUUCUCUGAUCCUAGAAGGAACUCACCCGUCCUGUCACUGGCGCCUGGCUGGUCAGAGCGAGGGGCUUCCUGGGAAGGUGUACGAGUUUGUUGAAGCCCGUCACUGA